CCGUAGUUACGGUUCGUUCAGUUUACCGGACCGUGUGUUGUUUAGUUAUCGUUAGCUAGCCCACCUCAUAAAGCCAAACGAAUUGUAACGGUAACGUGUAAGAGGUGAUUUUAAACAACGUUUUAAACAUGUCAGAAAAAGGCGAAGUGGAUUUAACUGGUGCUAAACAGAACACGGGCGUGUGGCUGGUAAAGGUGCCCAAAUACCUGUCCCAGCAAUGGGCCAAAGCAUCAGGCAGGGGAGAGGUGGGGAAACUCCGGAUCGGGAAGAACCAAGGGAAGGCAGAGGUGGAAUUCACUCUGAACGAAGACCUGACCAUGAUUGACAGCCUCGGGGACAAGCCAACGGGAGUGCAGGCCCCCAGGGACCACCCGUUCACCAUGCAGACUGUAGGAGGACAGACCCUGGCCGUGUUCACUGAGACCCAGUCAGAGUCAUCAAAGGGCCAGUCAGAAGAGAGAUCUGAUGGCAGCACCUCAGGCCCAGAGAGAAUCUCCCUGGAGGGCCUGGUGGUGCAGAGAGCAGAGUGUAGACCUGCUGUCAGCGAGAACUAUAUGAAACUCAAGCGACUGCAGAUAGAAGAGUUAUCCAAGCCAGUGAGAUUGUCUCAGCAACUAGAGAAGGCUGUUACCACCAACUACAAACCAGUGGCCAACCAUUCCUACAACCUGGAGUACGACAGGAAGAAGAAGGAGGAAGGUAAAAGAGCCAGGGUCGACAAACAGCAGGUGUUGGACAUGCUGUUCUCAGCUUUUGAGAAGCAUCAAUAUUACAACAUCAAGGACCUGGUCGACAUCACCAAACAACCAGUGGUGAGAUACUACUAUAUACUACUAUAUACUACUAUAUACACCUGGUAUUACAACAUCAAGGACCUGGUCGACAUCACCAAACAGCCUGUG